AUGGCAAAAAAAGAAGAGUUUUUUGAAUUAUUACUUAGUAAGAAUACUAUGAAUAAAUAACCCUUAAGAAAUUAACAUUAAGUUAGGUAAUUAUUAUGGACUGAAGUGGAAAGUUAGAAAUAUUAAGAGACCUAUUUAAGUUAGAUAGAUUUUAAUUUGCCUAAGGAAUUGAGAAAAUCACUUAAUAUACAUAGUUAUUUGGAUAUCAUUUAAAAGUCUAAAUUUAUAAAGCAAAAAUUUACUGAAUCAUUUUAAAAGAAUUUAUCUGAAUUUGUAAAAGAGCAAACUAUAGAAGAAGGUGAAAUUAUACAAUUACAAAAUUAAAGAGUAAAUAAAUUAAUAUUUUUAUUGGAAGGAGAGGUAACCUUACAAAUUAAUUAAAAAAGAGUAUAAGUAUUGAAAAAAUUAAACAUAGUAAAUUAAUAUGAAUUUUUUGCUUGUUUGUCUUCUCCUUGUGAAAUAAUUGCCUAAUCAAGAUGUAAAAUAAUUAUAAUAGAUUAUGAAUCAUUUUAUGAUUUAAUAUGUAUUCAUGAAGAAGAUUUUUAAAAAUAUAAAAUGUGGUAAGACAAAAUGUAAGAGUAAUAAAGACGUUGUGUUUAUAAAGUAAAUGAUUAUUUAUAUAAUAGAUUUGUUAUAUUUGUAUGGAUAAUCAUGUGACUUCAAUGUGUACUGGUGUAACAUAUCAACCUAAUUAUAUGAAAAUUAUCUCAAAUAGUACGUAUGCAUAACCAAGUCCAAGAGUUAAGUUUAGAAGAUUUGAAAGAAAAAGAACUUCAUCAUUAGUUUAAUAAAAUUUAGUAAGUAUUACAGCUUUAAAUUGGGCAUAAUAAUUUAAUUUAAUAGCUAAAAAUACAGAACUUAUUGAUUAAUUCUUAGGUAAAUAAGAUGGAGAUGAUGAAUUUCAAUUAUUUGCAGAAGAUGAUCACACUUCAAAGCAUCAAACAUAAACUUAUACACAUUAAUAAAGUGUAAGAUCACCUAAAACCAAUAAAACAGGAAUUACAGGGAGAGAGAGAGAAAGAGUUUAUACAGAUUCAAAUAUUAAUAGAACUUUGACUAUUAGAACAUUAAAAGCAUCAGAAAAUAAUACUUCUAGAUUAAAAUAGAAUAAUAAUAAUAAUAAUAAUGAUUCUAUUGUAAUAAGUAAUUCCCCUUCACCAAUCUAAUAAUAGAAUAAAACUACUUUAAUGUUGUUUACAAAAGAAUAAAUUAAAAGAUAAUCUAAUAUAAGUAGUAGCUUUACUAUAGAAAGAGCUUUAGAUAAAAAAUCAUCAUUACAUUCAUAAAAGCAACUUCCACAAUCAACUAGUAUAUUGUAAAGUAAAGAAGUAAUACAAUAAUUACAGAGUAAUAUUGGAAGUCCAAAUAUGUAUAAUACAUCAAUAAGAAUGAAUUAAAAUGAUGCUAGUUUAAAUUUAAGAAGAUCUGAAUCACAACCUAUUGUAUAUUAUUUAGAUAUAUAUAUUUUAUAGUUUUCUGAAUUAAUUGGUUCUGCAAGAUAAUUAAUUUUGAUAAAAGAAUUUGAAAGUAUGUAAAUUUUUGAAUGGUAUUUCCCAAAUCAUAAUUUUAAUAAGGUAAUUGAGAGAUUUCAAAAGUAUUUAAGUAAACAAUUUAAUAAUAGAUGA